CGUCAAUUCCAGAACAGGGCACACAACAAAUGGGGGUUUCUCAGUGUUCUUUUUGCAGUCGUUAGGGUUUUAUCGACAACUGUUUCGACGCCAAAACAGAAAAAUUUGAAGCUUAGUCGCCCAUCGUAUUUGAUAUAAGGGUUAAUUGAGAAGUAGUUACUCUUUUCAGUUAUUUGGUUCUAGCAAAUGGGAAAGAGGGAAACCAUUGUUUUAUCAUCAUCGGAGGACGAUGGUGACUGUAAUGAUAAUGAUUUUGCAUCAAAGUCGAUUUUGAAGUAUUUCAAGCAGCCGAAAUCGGGAGCAGCUUCUGUUCCUCGAACUAACACCAAGGGUCCAAUUCCAAAGAAAGCUCGAAUUUCCAGUUCUCGUUCACAUCCAGGCAAAAGUUCUAAUCCAUUUGACGAGAUGAAAGAGUUCUGUGAGGAUUUUGGUGAAGGUUUUACUGGGUUCAAGGUAUCUGCUGGUCAUAAACGAGACAACAAAGAACUAUGGGUAGACAAGUAUAAGCCUCGCUCUUUGCUAGACUUAUCUGUUCACAAAAAGAAAGUUGAAGAGAUUAAAAUAUGGCUUGAAGAAAGAAUCAAAACCAAAAACAACAAUCAUUACAAUCAUGUUCUUGUCAUAACUGGACUUCCUGGAGUUGGAAAAUCUGCAACUGUUGAAGCAAUUGCCUCCCAUCUUGGAGUCACAGUAUAUGAAUGGAACACACCUACUCCCACAAUCUGGCAAGAACACAUCCACACAACCAAUGCAGGGUUGCGUUACAUGUCAAAGUUAGAUGAAUUUGAGAAUUUUGUUGAGAAAAUAAGAAAAUACGGAUUAAUUUCUUCUUCAUUGACUAAAGAACCACAAAAGAAACCCUUUCUUAUCUUGAUCGAUGAUCUUCCAGUUACAAAUGGAAAGAUUUCUUAUGGUAGACUACAACGUUGUCUCCAUCUUCUUGUCCAAUAUGUUUGUGUUCCAACAAUUAUAUUAAUCACAGACUAUGGUAGAUCAGACACAGCUGAUUACACCUCAAGAUGCUGGGAAGAACUUCAGACUUCUCUUCAAAAUGCAGGAGCUUUUAAAGUUGCUUUCAAUCCAAUCACAGCAAACUCCAUCACAAAAAUGCUUUCAAGAAUUUGUAGGGAAGAAAAACUUAAAACAAAAGCUGAACAGAUUGAUGCUAUAGCUAAAGCAAGUGGAGGUGAUAUCAGAAACGCAAUCACAUCUUUACAGUACUUCAAUCUGAAAUCAAAUUCCAAGGGUAUUUUCGUCAAUUCCAAUUGUUUAGAUGAUGGGUACUCUUUAUCAUGUGGCAGAGAUGAAACUCUCUCCCUGUUCCACGCCCUCGGGAAAUUCCUCCACAACAAAAGAGAAACAGAGAAAGCUACUACAUCCGACUCUUUAAAGGAGGAAUUUACAAGAUUGCCCAUGAAAAUGGAUGUACCAGAGAAGGUCCUUGGUCAAGCACACGGACAAGCAAGACCUAUUGCUGAUUUCCUACACGAAAAUGUUUUAGAUUUUGUUGAAGAGGAAGGAAUAGAUGAUGCAUGGGUUGUAGCUUCAUAUCUAAGUGAUGCUGACUCACUUCUGGCUUCAUUAAAUGGAAUAAGAUCAAGAAGUUAUGAAGCUGAGAAUCUCAUCCAAUCAACUGCUGCUUCAGUUGCAGUUCGUGGGGUCAUGUUUGGAAAUCGUCACCCUCUAUCUUCAAGGUGGCAUGCCAUUCGUCGUCCGGUGAUGUGGCAAGUUGAACAAUCACAAUGGCGCAACAAGAAGGAGAUGAUUGGGGAAAGAUGUGUUGGUGGGUAUAAUGGUGUGAGUUUGUCGGAUCUUUCAGUGAUUGCAACUGAGUGGAAACCGGUUAGUAAGUGGUUGGGUGGAUCAAUGGUUGAUAAUAAUGACUGUGAUUUGGAUCAUUUUGAGGAGAUUUGUGAUGAUGAUGAUGAAAUAGAAGAUUGGUAGUUUUUAGAGGGCAAAUUUUGUGAGAAAGCAAAAGUUUGGGUUAGUUUUUGUAAAUGGUGUAAAUUUAUGACGAGUUUGAGAUUAGAUAUGUUUUGGUUCUAUUUUCAAGUGGUGAUCAUUUUAGUUGGUUAAAACUCAAGAGAUACCAAUGUAAAUGAAAUCAUUAACUUCAACUUGAUUUUGUUCAUUGGAAGUAGAAGAGUAAAUUAAAGAAAUUGAUGUCCAAAAA